UCAACAGUGGGUGCACAGUGCCGAGUCCGCCUUGUCACUCGAGCACCCCCGCGGUGGUCUAUCUGCCACGGCCGAGCACGUUGACAACCAGUCAAAUCCCCUUCGACCCCGCCUGCCGGGCGUCACCGACCGCUCGCCGCAACAAUGUGGUGGCUGAUCAACGCCUGUUCGAGCGCCAUCUUCCUGCUGAGCAUCGUGCUCUCCAUACCCAUCGCGUUUGACGUCGGGGGUCGCGAUGCCGGACUGGCCUACUCGCUGUCCCUCUUUCUCUUCUACUUCUUCUACAGCGUCAGCAAGCUCCUAACGCCGGAGCGGUCGCGGGUACGGUGGUUCUUUACGAGCCUCGUCGGUCUGUCGCAAUGGAUCAUCAUCCCCACGCUUUUGAUCUGGUCGCUCAACCGCUUCUCGGUGGAGGCGAGCAGCGCCGGCUGGGUAUCCCGGACCUUCUCCCACAUCACCUCGACGCACCAUAAAACAUGGAAGGAGUGGUUCUUCGGCCAGGAGGGGUUCGUCGAGACGGUGGCUCUGGGCGCGUGGGACAGCACGCUCAGCUACUCGAGCCCGGUUUUCCAGAUGCUCGAGGGCUUCUGCAGCUUGCUGGUCAUCCAGGCCGCCGGUCAGAUUACGAGAUGGCUCGUGAACCGCGGGAGGAGUGAUACGUGGGUGAUCCUCCUUCUCGUCUUCUCUGCCUCCAUCAUCUCGAGUGCAGUGUACUUCCUGUGGCGCGUCAUCUCGUUUCCACAAAUCAACAAUCUUGAUGCCACGCUCAUCGGCGUCGCCAUGACCUCUGCCGCCUUCUUAUGCGCCUUCGGCAUCGCCAGCGGCCGUGGCAACCCAGUCGAGUCCUCCCUGCUGUUCGCCUAUGCCGUCCUCUGCGUCUACCAGAUCUUCACAGACUACCAGCCAUCCCCGGAGGCUGCGGCAGCCGCGGAGCAGGCGGCAGCAGCGCAACCCGACUUCCCGCCGCUGCCUCCGAUUAUCAUGGCGUCGUAUUCGACCCUCCUGCACAUGCUGAGCAGCCUGCCGUCGGCCGUGAACUCGUCGUUCCAGUUUCUCUAUGCCGCCUUCCAGACCAUCACCCCCAGCGUCAUCAUUUCGCUGACAUACCGCAUCAUCGUGUUCUACUGCGCCACGAGGAUCAUUCCGGCCGUCCGGGAACUGGGCGCUACGGCGAUCAUGGAGGAGCCGACUCUCGAGGACACGGAAGGGGCGAACCGCCUGAUCGGCUUUCUCAGCUGGUUCUCGCCCUCGAUGCUCAUCGCCGUCUACACCAGCUUGUUGCUGCAGCACUUCAGCGUCUCCAGCAGCGGCGAUGAUGUCGGAUGGACCUUGCGUGCAGGGGAUGCUGGCGGCAGCACAUGGCGGUGGGUCAACCUCGCGGCCACGAUGGGGUUGUAUGCCGUGGAGCUGUACCUCGGAGGCAACGGCGACGGGGGAGUCCAUUGGAAAACCGACUAGGAGAGGGAAGGGGGGGAGGGGCGUGGCCUUUGCGGCUCCCCGAACAUGAAUAUGGGACGGAAUCGCUCUUCUCUGGCGGAGACUGGGUCCUGCGAAUGG